CCCUCAUCCAGGCGAUAGGUGCAUCGUCGUCAGUUUUCAAAGUGCACUCAUGGCGCCGUCCUGGUGCCGGAUCUUCCUGGUCCAAGUCGGCUUCACCGUCCUCAUCUUUGGCUCGAUCAUUGGCUUGUACGCCGCCCAGUUUACGCCCGACACGAUCGUGCUCGAGUCGUCGCCAGCAUCGUCCUGCUUUGCGCUGAGCAUGGCCCACGCCGACGCGUCCGCCGACACCUAUGAUUUUUGCGACCCGAGCCCGCUUUUGCAGCAGCAGCACGUCCGGCUCCGCGAGCGCGACACCAUUCGCUCCAUGGCCCUCCGCAUCCCCAAACAGCGCUGCUUUGUACUGCUGUACGUGCAGGCGCGGCCCAUUUUUCGUAAUCCGACGGUCUACGUCUACCUCAAUGCGUCGACGAUGGGCGCGGCCAUGGCGCGCAAGCACGGCGACGCAAUGCCAUUUGAGAAUUGCACGCUCGCCAACAGCUUGGACAAGCGCUUUGGCAUUCGCUCGAUCGCGCACGACCUUGUUGUGACGAUUGACGCCAGCUUUUGGACGUCGAAUGGCACGCACGUCGACGCCUUGUCGUUUAGUACUACCCCGUCCGAGUCAAGCGUAGUUGUUUAGUUCAUUUCUUAAAUUAUUUUAGCCUUGUCGUCAUUGUCUUGUCGAUCGGCCGGCACCGCGACUCCAGUCGCAGUCUCUCG